ACGUGCACGGCGGGUCCGGGCUCUGGAACCCCGCUGGCUCAGCGCUGGGAGACCAACCAUGGCGGUGCAGGCGGCACUUCUGCGCGGCGGCGGCGGCUGCGUCCAUGGGCGCGGCGCCCUCCUCCGGAGACUGAUGCAGGAAAUAAGACAUGUAGAGCGAAGUUAUGCUUCAAAACCCACUUUGAAUGAAGUGGUCAUCGUGAGUGCCACAAGAACGCCUAUUGGCUCUUUCCUAGGUAGCCUCGCCUCUUUGCCGGCCACAAAGCUGGGUGCCAUUGCCGUGAGGGCAGCGAUUGAGAAGGCAGGGAUUCCAAAAGAGGAAAUUAAAGAAGCCUACAUGGGAAAUGUUUUACAAGGAGGCGAAGGACAAGCCCCCACGAGGCAAGCUGUGCUGGGAGCAGGUUUGCCUAUUUCUACUCCUUGCACAACCGUCAAUAAAGUUUGCGCUUCUGGAAUGAAGGCCAUCAUGAUGGCCUCUCAGAAUCUCAUGUGUGGACAUCAGGAUGUGAUGGUGGCGGGAGGCAUGGAGAGCAUGUCCAACGUCCCCUAUGUCAUGAGCAGAGGAGCAACACCCUAUGGUGGGGUCAAGCUGGAAGACUUGAUCGUCAAGGAUGGCCUGACUGAUGUCUACAAUAAAAUUCAUAUGGGCAACUGUGCUGAGAACACAGCUAAGAAAAUGAACAUUGCCCGAGACGAGCAGGAUGCGUACGCCAUUAACUCUUACACCAGAAGCAAGAAAGCGUGGGAAGCUGGUGUGUUUGCAAACGAAGUGACUCCGGUCACAAUUACAACAAAAGGUAAACCAGAUGUAGUGGUAAAAGAAGAUGAAGAAUAUAAACGUGUUGACUUCAGCAAAGUUCCGAAACUAAAGACAGUCUUCCAAAAGGAAAAUGGCACAGUGACAGCUGCCAAUGCCAGCACAUUAAACGACGGUGCUGCUGCCCUGGUGCUGAUGACAGCAGACGCGGCCAAGAGGCUCAAUGUGAAAGCGCUCGCCAGAGUAGCAGCAUUUGCAGAUGCUGCAGUAGAACCUAUUGAUUUUCCGAUUGCUCCUGCAUAUGCUGUGCCCAAGGUUCUUAAAGAUGCCGGAUUAAAAAAGGAAGAUAUUACAAUGUGGGAAGUAAAUGAAGCUUUCAGUUUGGUUGUAUUAGCAAACAUGAAAAUGCUGGAUAUUGACCCCCAAAAAGUGAAUAUCAAUGGAGGAGCUGUUUCUCUGGGACAUCCAAUUGGGAUGUCGGGAGCUCGGAUUGUUGUUCAUAUGGUCCAUAAUCUGAAGCAGGGACAAUAUGGUCUCGCCAGCAUUUGCAAUGGAGGCGGCGGCGCUUCUGCCAUCCUAAUCCAGAAGCUGUAGAUAAACAUCGCUGUGUGGCUACUGUAACCUGUCUGCAUACUCUGGAGCAGCUGAUACCCAAUAAUUGGUACUGUUUUUGGUUUUUUGUUACUGUCUAGCCUUAAAAAAAAAUCAAAUCUCCAAACCUUUUGCAAUUACAAAUAAACUCUUCUGCUUUUUA